AUGACAACCCAACUCUCCGCCGCAAUAACCUCUCAAUCCCUCCCACCCCCUUCCCAAUCCCUCCUCACAAGCCUCACAACCCGCUCGCCCCAACCACCACUCCCCUCCCUCAUCGCCACAGCCAAAGCGCGCCUCCUAGCCGCAGACCUCACGUCCAGCACCCUCAUCGACACCACGCAGCUACACCCCUUCCCAGCAGGCACGGACAACGCCAUCGCCAAGGAAGUCAGGCUCGGCCACAACACGCACGUCCAGGUAGUGAACAUCGAAAACCUAAGUCUCUCGCGGUGGGAGCAGAUUGAGGAGCUUGAAGCCGUGGAGAGGGGGGAGAAGACGCGCGGGAGACAGGUUAUCCGUGUGACGGACGAGGGCGAAGAUGCAGAUACGGCGCAGCGGUUAGGCUCGGGAACGGUGCAGGCGGGAAAGAAUGCUACGCAUCGGCUUGUGCUGCAGGAUUGUAAGGGGACGAGGGUGUAUGCCGUGGAGUUGAAGAGGAUAGAGGGCAUUGGGAUUGGGAAGACGAGUAUUGGGUGUAAGUUGAUGCUUAGGCCUGGGACGGUAGCUGCCCGUGGGACGGUGUUGCUGACGACGGAGAAUUGUGUGCUGCUUGGGGGAAAGAUUGAUGCUUGGCAUGAGGCGUGGAUGAAUGGGAGAAUGGCGAGGCUCAAGGAGGCGGCUGGGGUGGUUAAUGGGGAGACGGCAACACGGUGA